AUGCCACAAGGAGUAAGAGAAGCUAGACCAAAGCGCAAUGCACGUUCUAAGCCUGUUCCUAUUCCAAGGCAAACACGUUCUGCUGCACGUAAGGGCAACAAAUUAGCCCUUUUGACACCACUUACACUCCCUCUUGAAACUGAGCAAGUAGAAACUCCACAAACUAUUACAGAUACCACUGCUACAGAUUCAAAUAUGGAUAUGGACAUUGAUCAGACUUCUCAAGAAAAACAGCCAACACCGCAACCGAGAUUAAGAAUACGUUAUACUGUUAAUCCCGAGCCUUCACAGCCAACGGCUACAGUUAUAACUCCGAUAAAACGUAAACCAGGUCGACCGCGUAAGCAUCCUGAAUCUGUUAACAAUAUUAUUAACACACCUACUAGCACAAAACGUAAAAAAAAGGCAGAUGAUGGUGGUGUCACAAAACGUAGAAAGAAAACGAAAGACGACGCUGAUACGAAACGUCGAAAGAAAUUAGAAGUGUCGAGCAAGCAAGUUAAUGGCGAUGCUACAUUACGUAAUAAGCCAACAGACGAAAAUAAUGUUGAAAUUCAACAAAUGAUAACGACACAACCAAUGGAGGCUGAUGAAGCUGAAGGAGGAAACAAUAACGAUGAAGAUGAUGGUAAACUUGAUGAAAAGGGGGAACAAAAAAUUACGAAAGACGGGGAGUUAUUAGGUGGUCGUAAAUUUAAAGUACAGGUUUUUCAAUUACCAUCUCGAGGAAACAUCUGGUACAUGUUAUCUAUGGAUCCUGCAAAACUAUUAGGUUUUCGGGACAGUUAUUUGUUCUUUUUACGGAACCCAACUUUGAAACGAAUACAUGCGACAGAUCAAGAACGUGAUUACCUUAUCACGCAUGGAUUUUUGCCAUCAAAUUUCAGAAGCAGAGCGAUUACACUUGUUUCAGCUAGAGCUACGUACAAACUGUUUGGGUCGAAAAUUAUUGUAGGGGGGAAAAGAAGGAAAGAUGAUUAUUAUGAAUCAUCAAUUAGAUUUAAUGAUGAUGAUCUGAGUGACAAAGGGGAGGCAUCAGGAGCAGAUAAUGCUAGUAAUAUUCUUUCAAGACGAGUAUAUUUGGGUUCAAAACCACGUAAAGUUGUCAAUAAGACAAAUUGGAUGUAUCAAACAGCUUUAUCGACAAGAGAUUAUAAUACUAGAUUAAAGAUUCAUAGGAAAGAAAAACCAAGAUUUUAUGAUCCUCAUACUAAUAUCGAUCAAGUACCUCAGGCAACUCAGCCUACGUGCAUACGAGUUGAAGCCUUAUCACAGCCGAGAGUAUUACCACUAUCAAGUGAUAUUACGAUAGCAACAAAGGAUCCAGAUAUUCAUUUUGAAACGGUCCCUCACAAUCCUUUUGGCACGCUAAAUCCAGAAGUUUUGGAGGUUUUACCUCAUGAGAUCCGACAGAUUAUUGACAGUAUGAAAAUGGAGGAGGGGACACGACAAACUCAUGAGGAAAAAUAUCCUAUGACAUUAAUGGAUGGCCAAUUUCAACAUAGGUAUCCAAUUCACCGUACAAGAUUUGGUCAAGAUCUUCCCAGAGUUUUAAACCACCCUUCGGCCGUUGCCUCUCACCAAGAAAUUGCCCCGCAACCAUCAUCUGUUAUGUCACAUGAUGCUAAUGAGACUCCAUAUGAACAGCGUUACUAUUAUACUCCUGAUCCGACAAGUAAUAUUAUGAAUAGGUUUCAGUAUACGACUGGAAAAGCACCUCCCCAGUAUAUUUGUGGUGUAUUGACCGCAACAACUGGACAACCUUGCAAACGCGGGGUGUCUUUCGAGGGGGACAGGUGCAUGUAUCAUAAGGGACACCCGCGUGACCCUAUAAAUGUUGAAGCAACCUCGGAUAGAAAUACCUUAGAAAGAACUAAACCUGUUGUAAUAGGUUCCAGUAUAGUCCCGUUAUCAAAUGACGUUGCUACAUCAAAUUACGCGGUUGUUGCACCUACUCCAAAUGUAGCUCAACCUUUACCCGUUCUCCCUGAGAAUUCUUGCGCGAUAUGUUUUUCAAUUACUGCUCCUGACGCCACCGUACCCCGUACUGGUGCAUCAUGUUCAAAAGAAUAUAAGAGCAAAUGUGCAAAUUGCUUAAGAAAGUAUCAUCCGCUUUGCAUAGGCCUUACAACCCCACGACCUAUCAUUGCAAUGGAAGGAUAUUCUUGGCUAUGUAAUGAUUGCAAAAGUUGUGUUAAAUGUCAUUCUUCUGAAGACGAAUCAACACUUCUAAUCUGCGACGACUGUGACCGUGGCUGGCAUCUUGAUUGUAGUGAUCCCAAAGUUACCGAAGUUCCCCAAGGCCCAUGGUUGUGUUCACUUUGUGCCCAAUGCAAUUCAUGCGGAGAAAAAGCUAUCUCGCUGAAUGAUGCUGCUAACAACUAUCAUCAUGCGGAGGCAACAUCUGAAUCAACAAAAUUUCCAAUAUACUUGGCAACGAUAUGUAACAAAUGCAAUUUCAACUUCUCCGAAGAUAGGUUCUGUCCAAUGUGCUUGAAAACUUAUUCCGAAGAUGGAGAAGAAAAUGAAGAUGAUAAAGAAAUGAUUUGCUGUGAUGUAUGUGAUAGGUGGAUCCAUAUAAGGUGUGAUGAAGACAUCACAUCAGAAAAAUAUCAAGAAUUAGUUGAGAAUACCGAUGCCAAUUAUAAAUGUCCCUUAUGCGACGAAAGAAUUAUGCCAAUGGAUCAAGGGAAUGAAAAACAGAAAGCGGCUUUGACCACCGGUCAACCAAGUGCUGUGCCGGUUGCUAUAAUCGCUGGUGGUAGGAGGAUCCGAGGGAUAGCAGAAUUUAAGGGGAAGAAAGUGGCUGUCCCCGAAAUCCAGGGAUGGAACAGUCAAAUGUAA